AUGGACAAUCUUCUGCAAAUUCUGAGGGUGGGAUCGCAAGAGCAAGUGGCGAAAGAGCUUGCUUCCUUCUACACCAACUUCAGCACGGUGACCCUGGUGAAGGGCGAGUUCACGGGGAAGCAGGCCAUCAUGGAAGAGCUCUUUCGCCUGGUUCGCGACCCGGACAUGGCCAACCUCUGUCCACUAGCGCUGCAGGUGAUGCGAGUCUUCACCCGUGAGCCGGCCAUCGCCGAGACGCAGUUCAACUCUGACCGCAUCGAGACACUGCUGCACUUGGCCAUGCUCGUCGGCGAGGAGGAGGCCUUCAUGACCGAGAACAGUCAGUCCUUUGACGUGAAGAUUGUCGUCGAGGCUCAGAAGUGCUUGACCAAUCUGCUGAGUUUGUCGGCAAAGGUUCGACGCAUUUGCAGCAACAACUCCUGCGUCGAGGGCAUUAUGCUUCGCCUUCGAAUUCACCCCGAUCCAAAACUGCCACAAGAAGUGAAAUAUUUUGACAUGGUAGCACUGUUUCUUCUUACUGCUCUUUGCUCUGAACUUCGAGGCAAAGUGCAAAACAACUAUCACGGCCUGAUUUAUCUAAUGGAGGCAAUUGACUUGAUACUGAAGAACAAUGCAGAGUAUCUGGCAGAAACGGUACCAAGUAAGAAUAAGCGCCGCUCAAAGGGCUCAAGGAGAGGUCGCAAGUCGGCUCAGUCGACGGAGAAUGGCGACAAUGGUAAGGAGGAAGCCAGUGAUGGCCGCCUCGAUGACACUCUGGUCGCCUACUGUCUCGACGAUUGGGAGGCCAAUCUGGCUAUUCAGAUUCUCAAAGUACUGUACAAUCUGAAUAUCGACCUGGACAACCGUGAAGUGGACGAGGUCGAAGAGGCUCACUUUUUUCGUUUGGUCUCCAUUCUGCAUGACCUUAUGCUGUGCGACACAAAGAAUCCCGCCAAGAAAGAAGACUUACAAAGUCAGGUGGUCAAUCUGUUGACGCUCAUGCCAAUUAAGAGCUACGAAGAGCUGCUCUCUAAUGUCGCCGACUUGGGGAAGCCAGAAAAUCCCGAACACGAGUACAAUGAAAUGAAUAUGGAAGUGAUUGCUGUACUGUGCAAGUUUCUCGAGAAACGCCUACAGGAGGAAACUGCAUCCAGUUCUCCUGAGCGACUGCUGGGCAUACUGGGCGUCAUGUACAAGGCUUCCAAGUCUUGCUCGACGACGCGAAAGUUUUUGCGAUACCGCAUUCUGCCGCCACUGCGAGAGGCCGAUCUGCAGCAGCGACCCGAAGUGGGCAACCUGCCGCGUAAUCGCCUGGUCCGUCUGAUGGCCUCCAGCAAUGACACCAUCAGUCAGCUGGCCAUCAACUUUAUCUGGUCACUGUGCAAGUCAAAUCGAAACCGCUUUGUGAAGUACGUCGGCUACGGCAAUGCUGCCGGCCAUUUGGCUCGAAUUGGGCGCAUGGCGGGAGAGAUGCCUGCUACUUACUCUUCGGACUCGGAUGACAGUGAGACGGAUGAGUACGUCCAGAAUGUUGACAGAAUUAAUCCCGUCACCGGACACAUUCAAGAGCUGGCUCCUAAUCCUAUGGAAGGAAUGUCCGAGGAGCAGAAGGAGUAUGAAGCUAAUCAGCUGGUCAACUUGAUCGACCAAAUGCAGAGAACUGGCAUCAUUCAGCCCUGUCGCAUUGGCGAAGACGGUCGCCCAGUGCCCAUUGAGCACGUUCUGGAGCUGCAGAGCAAUGCAGAAAUUAAUAACGGACCCUCAACUUCAGGUCUUCAACGUCAUAACUCGGAUUCGGACUAA